AUUAACUCCACAGGAGCUUCUCAUUAAUUACACCUGGAAACUUACUCUACUUGUAGCUAGUACCAGUCCGCAUAAUUGGACCAACUCCUGAAGCUUUUUACCUCAAGCCUCAAUUGCAAUCAACAUCCCCUAUCUAACCAUUACUGCACCAAUCAAACCAAUUAAACUCACCUAAUUGAUUUGGGGAAACUAAAAAGUAAAGUGUAAGAUUGAAAAAGUAGAUUUCAUUUCCAAGCAUUUAUUUUGGUUAUCAAGUAAAUUAAGAGGUUGAAAAAAGUUAUCAAUCAUUUUGCGAGGCAUUCAUUGUUAUUUACACCUCAAACGUAAAUUUGAAAGAUAGUUGGAAAUGAACAUCACAAAUAUCCCGCCUGACGGAGAUUGUGACUACCCUAACAAAGACAGAAAACAAGUGAAGAAGAAUUUGACGAGAUCAGAGGAAGAGCAGAUGCUAGCGGAGAAGCUGCUGGAUGCUGUGCACGAUAAACACUACGGUCUGUGUCAAGUGUUGCUGGUGUUGCGUGCGAGGGGAGAUGUGUUGUGUGGGGACAGGGGAGGAAUGGCGGCCUUGCACGUGGCUGUAGGAUUGGAACCAGUCGGGGACGCCCUCGACUUCCUCACUCUUCUGCUGCAGUACGGGGCCAAUCCAAACGUCAGAGCUACCUGUGGCGGAAUCACACCCGUACACCUGAGCGCAAUUCUCGAGAAGCCGAAGGCGAUGAAGCUACUCUUGGCCUCCGGAGGGGACCCAGAUAUUCUGGACCACGACGAGAAGUCCGCAUUCCACCACGGAUGGGAGAGCGAAAAGGUGCGGAGAGUUCUGAAGAAGUACUUGAGUGAGCAGAAGCAGAGUGCGAGUAGUGACAGUGACUCCUCCUCGAACAGCGAAGAACAGGACCUUCUUCACACCCCAUUCUCAUCUGUGAAAUUGAAGCGACAACACAGACACCCGCUGAUGAACCUGGACAGCCAAUUGGUCGGCAAAGCGAUGGGCGGAAAGAGCUGCUCUCAAGGAGCCUCAAGUGACUCACAUCAUCACGCGAUGCCUUUCGGGGACAAAAGUUGCAAAGAUUGCGCCCUUUGCGCAUCGUUGAAAAAGAAAAGACACUUCGAGAAGAUGAUGAUGAAAUCUAUGGGCGUACACUUCUCCAAAUACUACAGCACAAAGUCGCCUUCAGACCAGACUGAUGAGCCGCGUGAAAACAUCGUGGCUAGAUGUGAACGAUGCUUUUGUUCAGACAAGCGAAUGAACUUCAGUUAUCCGAUGGAUGGAAAACUGAAGUUAUGGUACGAAUGUCAUGCAGGAAAGGAAAACAUCAUGAAGAACUUAGUCAAGUCUCUUCCUGCUGUUUCGCCAGCUAAUCUACUUAAAAACAAAAGGCGAUCGAUCAAACACGAGACGUUCAAAACCGAACAACGCGAGGGUUCUUCUUCGCAACAGGGGAGCGACGAAUGUUUGAAGAAAUCUGAGAUGUCUUCUUUCAGCAGUGGCAGCGAUGGAGAGCAGGCAUCUUCUGGAACUGAAAGUCUCUCUAGCCAGAAAUCAAAUUCCGGUUCUACUGCCAGCUCAAUUGAAAGCGCUCAGAACUUACUUAACAUGCAGAUCACCGAAAGCGAUCUGGAUAAGAUUUCUCUUCUGGACGGCGAAGCGGUUCAUUUGAAGCCAAGCGCUUAUUUGGAUGUAUCAUCGCCUAAUAAUCCAGUCAUUGCCAGCAAAGAAUUUCCAAGCAAGGAACCUAGUUGUACUUGUAAGUGUUCUGGACAUCGAAGAAACUCGGAACUUGAGCAAACAGUCGCAGUAUCUAGAAGGUCAUUGUCAUUAUCCAAUGAAAAACUACAAAAAAGUGUAAAUUCAGAGAAUAAUUCAAUUCUUCUGAAUAACCAAGCAACGAAGUCUAGAAAGUCUUUCUCAAACAGUCCGUUCCUGUUUUGGAAAAAGAAAAAUAACUUGGAAGCUGAAAAGGAUCUAUUGAACACUCCAGUUGAAAGUUACCAAAAUGUCUCUCUGAAUAAUUCGCAAGCGAGCAGAAAUUUGUUCUCAAAUCAGAUGUGUGUCGCACAUGCAACCGUUAACAAUACUGCUCAAUCAUCUCUCGCGGAUAAAAGCAAGUCCAUCAAAAACAGGACCAGCCAACCUCGAUUUAGUUAUGACUCACCAAAUCGGAACUCGCCAGAGCCGAUGUCCGAUUCCGAACUAUGGGAUACAAUAAACAGCGAAAACAAGAAUUCUGCACCGCAAAUCACAGCAAAAUAUCAGAAAUCUAAGAGUUGCAAACGUCAAAAGUUAAACUCUAUCCAUCAGUCGUCCAAAUGCCAUGAAUUUGGUUCGAAAGUAAACUCAAAUUCUUCGCAAAACGCGAACAUUUCAAUUGUUCGCGGAGGAGAGUCGAUGUUUCGGGACGAAUUCACGAAUGGGUUCCGAACCGGACUCGAAAAGAUCAGCCGUCAUCAUAACCUCACACGCAGUUCGGCAACUUCCAAAAGGACUUGUUACUCCGGGAGGCGAGUUACAUUUUCAGAUCACACAUGCAGUUUCCCUUCAAACUCUAAUUCUAGUGACGAUAAUAAUUUAUCUGCCGAUUCAAAAGAAAAUUUAGGUGUUCCUUCUGAAAACAGUUCACGUCGUUCAAACAUUUCGCAAAGAAUUUCACCUGCUAAGUUCUACAAGUCCAUUUUCAAGCGAUCAGAAGGUAAGCGACUUAGCAAUGUUUCAAAAGUCAGCAGUGAGUUAAUUCAAGAAGGCGAUUUGAUUUUCGAGCAGGUUUUCAUCAAACCAAAAUCGGACGAGUCUUUAUUGACUAAUGAUUUGAGUGAUCAUUCUUUGAACACCUCCUUUGUUACUUGUGCCGCCGAUUGGAAGUCGUGUCGUACGGCAUCGACCCGAGACGAAUCAUCGCGAAACACGACUGAAAAGUUCUCUCAAAAAGAUCAAGCUCAAGCUAGAGUUGACAGAAAUUGCAACUCCUCGAAGUUUUCUGGAAUCCCAAAUGAGGAACAGGAUUCAAUUCGAGUGACUGAAAAUCUGAGCCAGUUGAGCAAUGCGGAGAUUUUUCAAAGACUUCGAGAUGUGAAUUGCAGUACGUAUGGGCCGGUGACUGACACUACAAGGUCGCUCUACCUCAAGAUCCUAGCUGGAUUCCAAGCCAAAAUGGAUGGAUCAUUUGAGAAGGUGUCGAUUGAGUCGCAGAAAGAGAUUGUACUGUCGAAACAAACCGAGUUCGCCACCAAUCCAAAUGACUUCCCUCGCCUGCUGUCGGACUACCUGAAUGGAGGAGAUUCGGUGACGCUUCUUCCUGAGUUGGAGGGGGAGGAGGAGUUGAUGACGUCAGUGUUCAGAGACCCCAACCGCACCUGGAGAGAGGGGGGCAGAAAGAAGUCGUUCACAUAUCUCCUGCUAGAUCCCAGAGUCACUAAGAAUCUGCAGAGUCGCUCGCGAAAUCUCACAGAGCUGGAGUCGUUCAGAUACUUCGUGUCUGCCAUCUUCUACGUCGGGAAGGGACAGGCAAACAGACCCCUCAGUCACUUCAACGAGGCUGUGCGACCUCAGAAAAACACCAGCACUCAGGUAUCCGAGAAAGUGAAUCAUAUCAAGGACAUCUGGGAAUCGGGGUUCGGAGUCGUGAACCUGCAGUGCUAUCAGAACACAAUUCCAGCCGAAGCAUACACCCGAGAAGCCCUCAUGAUUUCAACCCUCGGCUUGAACAGAUUGACGAAUCAGAGAAAGGGCGAUUUUUACGGCGUGUGCCCAACUUGGGACGAGUCCAGGAAACAACAGCUCGGAUUGUAUCUACUGAAAAAAGCAAUGAGGAUUUUUCUCCAGGACGGAGAAAGACAAAUUAAACUGGCUGACUUUUGAAGAGAUACUUUCAAAUAAAAUUGACCUAUCACAAAAUUUAUGAAAUAAUCGUUCU